AUGUUGCAACACUUGGCUGUGCUUGCGGCCCUAUCUCCCAUAUUGGAAGCACAAUCAUUAUUUGGAAGCUACAGCYAAACAUGGAUGGGCUUACCAGGCAGCAUAUACCAGCCCUUUGGACAAUGGGGAUCCUCUCAAGUCGCGAGCUGGCCGCCAACACCUGCUGUAGGCAAACCUAUCAAGCCUCAAACACCAAGCAAGGAGCUUCAGGAAAUGCUGGCCGAAAUCGAUGAGGAUAGAAUCGAGCACAUCAUCAGUAGUCUGGUUGACUUUGGAACUCGACACACACUAUCUUCCCAGAACUCCAGUACACGCGGUAUUGGCGCCGCUCGAGACUGGAUCUACAAGGAGAUGCAAGAAAUAGCCGAGCCUUCGAAUGGUAGCAUGAGUGUUUACCUCAACAGCUACAUUCAGCCAGUGGAUGGUAAUCGUAUCACUUUCCCGGUCAACAUUAGUAAUGUCGUGGCCGAAGUUCGGGGCACUGUCGAUCCGGAUCGCGUUUAUGUGGUGACUGGACACUAUGACAGUCGGCGUCUUGACCCGCUGGAUUAUGAGGGGGAUGCUCCUGGUGCGAAUGAUGAUGCAACUGGAGUAGCAGUCGUGAUUGAAAUGGCUCGUGCAUGCGCGAAGAAGAGGCCUGCAGCCACAAUGAUCUUUGCUGCAGUAGCUGGAGAAGAGCAGGGUCUGUACGGCUCUGCUAAUCUCGCAAAAACGCUAAAACAACGAGGCGUCUAUGUCGCCGGCAAUUGGAACAACGACAUUGUAGGAACGGGCAAGUCUCAACCCUUUGAGCCCAUCAACGACUACACCAUCCGUCUCUUUGGCGCUUCUCAAUUCCUCCCCAAUGCCUCGAGCGCCGCUGCACUCCGGACUGUGGCUCAAACUGGAGGCUGGAACGACYCUCCUGCUCAAAAACCUCGGCAGAUACAUCGCCGAAGUCACCGCAGGGGCUGCAAAGUAUGUCGGCAUGCAAGUCGCACUCAUUUAUCGUCCCGACCGCUACCUACGUGGAGGUGA